UCACUGUCUAAAUUUGUCAUAUAUUGUGUGGUCUUUGUGAUCACUGACAGGAAGCUGGUGGCCCUGUCAAAAUAUACUGCUGAUGUAGUGAAGAAACUCUCUUCUAGGUCAUUCUGAGAAAGAAACAAUUCUACCUCAGAAACAAGGACAACUGCUCUUUUACACACACACAGAAAAAAGGACUGUCAAACCCAUAGCCAAAAUGAGAGAUCUAUUCAUCUUCACAUUGAUGUAGACCAACAGAUGUAGGGAUUGAUAGAGCUGAAGUGUGAAAAAUACAGAGGCACCAGGAAAACAAAGAGCAAAAUCUCUCCCUGUGUGUUGUGCCAGCUCAUUUUCCCCUCAACAGAAACACACAUGAUGACCAUGAGUGGCUGAGAGAGAAUUGUUCUCAACGGGUUUCUCAGUGUCUCCACAUCCUGUCAUUACUGACAGUGAGAGAGAGAGAGAGAAAGACAGAGUGAGAGAGAGAGAGAGAGAGAGAGAAACUUUGCAUUAUUUGCGAACUGAGCCAAUGGCCAGCCAAUCAGAAUCUUAAGAGCCGGUCUGUGAGUGGGUGGAAAGGAGUAGACAUCACACCCUCAAACUUUUUUUAGCCUGUGGAGUCACCUUGAUUUUGAUCACACACGCAAAUAUCUUCACACACACACACACACUUUCAGUCUUAUGAGACCAGUCACUAUGAGUGCUACCAUGGGAUGCUCAUACCCGCCAGUGUUUGUCAUGGAUGCUGGUGGCAGGCAGUACUUACAGCCCGUCAGCAGGGCAGACCCAGCCUUGGUGCCUUGCUGGAACUUUCCACCUGCCCGUUCCCACUCCAGAAGAGGAAGCUGUGGAGGUCUUAAUGCAGCUGUGGCCUCCGUCCUGGUCAUGGUGUUGUUGCUAGUGUUUGCUGCACUGGGAUUUGGAGCCUACCAGAUAUUUCAGCUCCAGAAUGAGGUUUUACAGCUGAAACAGUAUGUGUGUGUGUUUGAGCUGAUUCUGAUCUGGUGCUUAUUCUCUCAACAGGAAAAUGCACAAAAUAAGUCUCCAGAAAAGCUUAUCGACCUGAGGAGGCCUGAUGCAGAGAGAGCACAGCGAGGGCAGGUUGCAGCACAUCUGAUUGGUGGAAGAGGGAAGUCGGGAGACUCCUUGGUUUGGGGUCCCAGGGUAGGCCGUGCGUUCACCAGUGGCGUUGUGUAUCGUAACAAUGGUCUGCUGGUGAAUGAGACUGGUCUGUACUUUGUCUACUCUCGGGUGGAGUUUCUAGAUAAUCACUGCAGUCCGAGGGACCACUUGGUGCACAGCGUGCACAUGCGGCGUACAGACGGACACCCUCUCACGCUAAUGGAGGACCACCGCGAGGGCUUCUGUGUGGUGGGUAAGGAGCAGGUGUGGACAUCUGGCAGCGGCCUGGGCUCCGUGCAAAAGCUUCAGAAGCACGACUUUGUCUAUGUGAGCGUGUCCGACCCCGCCAAGCUGAGCCACAACUUUCAGAGCAAUUACUUUGGCCUGUAUAAGAUUGACUGAAUGGACACACCUUCCUUCGGUUUCCCCUCAGCUACUGCCACGAGAACCUUUAGGAGUCCUGGUGAAAAAACCACAAGCGGCAAUAAGAAUGUUCAAGUAUGAGUAUCGAGAAAGAAUUUUUACACGUUACCUCAGUUCACUGUUAUUUGAACAUAUUAAAAUGUACGUUACAUUGCUUUUAACGCUGCAA